UGCAAGGACCUCGCGGAGGGUUUCGCUUGGUCUCAGUCGUUAUGGAGGCGAGUUCAGCUCACGCGCACGCAUGGGACUAAACGAUGAAGUUUGAACCGCAGAUGUAGACGGAAAAUCCGCCUCUUGGCCAAGCCUCAACAACAACAACCCCACUCAGGAGGAAUGCCAGUUCCGGAGCAGAGCCCAGUGAUGGAGGAGGGGCUUCUGCUGACCUCCCGCAGCCGUUCGACUGGCCGCAGCGUGGAGCCGAAUAACACUGCUAACAAUAUCCUGGCAUCUGUGAAAGAACAGGAGCUCCAGUUUGAGCGGCUAACACGGGAGUUGGAGGUUGAGAGGCAGAUUGUGGCCAAUCAGCUGGAAAGAUGCAGGCUCGGGGCAGAAUCGCCGGGUGCUGGAAGCAGCAGCUCAUCUGAGAAGUCCCCACCUUGGAGAACUGCCGGGUCUACGGGGAAUUCGCAGAGUUCAACGCAGAUUAAUUCGUACUGGGACAGCGGCGGCCAGGAUGCGACUAGCGGCUACCACAGCAACCAGAAUGUGGUCAAAUGUGAGCUAGGGAUGCAGCACUCCUUCCCUGGCGCAGGUACAAGCACAAGCACCCCUGUAAAGACUGCCCGGGCUGAGGGGCAGACGUCAGCACAGGUGCCAUCAGUCACCGGAGCAGGGCCUGGCCGUGCAGUGCGGAGAGUCAGCUCAGUGCCUUCUCGCUCUCACUCCCCACCCCACGUGAGCAGCAUGUCGCCCUCUCGCAGCUCCCUGCGUGCCUCAUCUAGCAGCGCCUACGGCUCGGCCAUCGUCACCGAACCCAAGCCCCUGUCCUGCAUUUUCUCCACUACCUUGCCCUCCUCGGCCCAGCGUAUCGGUACCAGCGGAAGCAACUCACCCCUCUCUACCCAUAAAAACUCCCCUGCCGCACUGCGGCGGGUGGGUUCUACCAACUCCAGACCGGGCAGCACGAGCCGUACCACGUCGCCCUUUCAGGCUUCCGUGGGCUCAUCUUCGGGCCGAAUGGGCUCGCCUCUGACCUUGACGGAUAACUGUCAGAUGACUAAGCAGCCCAGUCACUCGUCCCCAGUCCGAGCGAGUAUGGUGGCCGUACCCCAGCACUACAGCUCCACUCUGCCCCGCUCGGUCAUUCACAACGCCGACCCCUACAGGCCGCAGGGGUAUGACGUUUACGAGAGGAGAUCGCGGCCUGACAGCCUCGCAGGCAUGCGGAACCCAUAUGCCAGUCAGCACAACCAGUUGAGCCAGGAUUUGAGGUCCACCAUAUCGCCAGAGCGUUGUAUUGCGCCCAUCUUUGAGGACCGCAUGUUCCAGGCCCCGCUGUACAUCAGCCCAGGCCACACGCAACAGGGCACCAUCUGUAGGAGCGCCUCAGGAAUUGGGAGUCUCCAGCGGACAUCCAGCCAGCGAAGUGCCAUGACCUACCAAAGAAACAACUUGGCUCUUAACACGCCCUCUACUUAUGCGGAUCUGUAUCGCUCAGCGCAUUACCGGACGUGCGAAUCCAACUACAGUCGCCAGGCCGCUAUCAUGGAUGAUCCCACCCGCUCGCCUUCGAUAGACAGCAUCCAAAAGGACCCCAGGGAGUUUGCAUGGCGUGACCCGGAGCUGACAGAGGUGAUUCACAUGCUGCAGCACCACUUCCCCUCUGUGCAGGCCAACGCAGCCGCCUACCUUCAGCACCUCUGCUUCGGCAAUAACCGAAUUAAGGCCGAGGUGUGUCGGCUCGGGGGUGUCAAACACCUGGUCGAUCUGCUAGACCACAAAGUCCUGGAGGUCCAGAGGAACUCCUGUGGAGCUCUGAGGAACCUUGUAUAUGGAAAAGUAAUGGACGAAAACAAGAUCGCUCUUCGGAACGCAGGAGGCAUUCCAGCACUGCUUCGACUGCUGAGGAAGAGUGUUGACGCAGAGGUGCGGGAGCUCGUCACAGGGGUGCUGUGGAACCUGUCAUCGUGCGACGCCGUCAAGAUGACAAUCAUCCGCGACGCCUUGACCACCCUGACCAACACCGUGAUCAUCCCCCACUCAGGAUGGAGCAGCUCCACCUUUGAAGAGGACCACAAGCUUAAAUUUCACUCAUCACUGGUGAUGAGGAACACCACUGGUUGCUUGAGGAACUUGAGCUCAGCUGGCGAGGAGGCUCGAAAACGGCUGCGCACCUGUGAGGGUUUGGUUGACUCACUGCUCUACGUCAUCAAAGCCUGUGUCAACACUUCGGACUUUGACAGCAAGAUAGUGGAGAACUGCAUUUGCACAUUACGGAACCUGUCCUACCGUCUGGAGCUGGAGCUGCCUCCAUCGGGCCUGAUAGGGGUGCAGGAGGUAGACGCUGCCCUGGGAAGCGAGUCACCCAGCAAAGACGUCAGCUCCAGCUGCUGGGCGAGGAAGAAGAAAAAGAAUAAGAGGAACUCGCAGGAAGAUAUUUGGGACGGCGUGGGACCCAUCCCGGGUUUCUCCAAGCCACCCACGGGUGCUGAGAUGCUGUGGCACCCCACUGUGGUGAAGCCUUACUUGACACUGCUUGCCGAGAGCUCCAAUCCAUCUACUCUGGAAGGCGCUGCUGGGUCACUUCAGAAUCUGUCGGCAGGCAACUGGAAGUUUGCAGCAUACAUCCGUGCAGCAGUGCGGAAGGAGAAAGGACUGCCCAUUCUCGUAGAACUCCUGCGCAUGGAUAACGAUCGGGUGGUGUGUUCGGUGGCCACUGCCCUGAGAAAUAUGGCAUUGGAUGUCCGUAACAAAGAACUCAUUGGGAAAUACGCCAUGAGGGACCUGGUCAACCGUCUGCCUGGGGGAAACACCACCUUACUGUCGGAUGAGACAGUGGCAGCCAUCUGUUGCACUCUGCACGAGGUCACCAGCAGGAACAUGGAGAACGCCAAAGCCCUGGCGGACACUGGUGGGAUCGAAAAGCUGGUCAACAUCACCAAGGGCAGAGGAGACAGGUUUUCGCUAAAAGUGGUCAAGGCGUCCGCUCAGGUACUGAACACGCUGUGGCAGUACAGAGAUCUACGCGCCAUAUACAAGAAAGAUGGAUGGACCCAAAACCAUUUCCUCACUCCGGUAUCCACGCUUGAGAGGGACAGAUUCAAGUCGCAGCCCACUCUCCCCACCAACAGUAUUCAGAUGUCCCCCCUCAACCACCCCGCCGCCAGUGCUAUGUCGUCUCCUGCUAUUCGAGAUCACACGCUGAGAGAUUAUCAGAGAACCCAGUCAACUAUGCAGUUUUAUAACUACCAAGUGGACAGCAGUAUUCAGAAAAACCAGUAUACAGGUACUGUACAGGGGUCUGGAAAACAUUCUCCGUAUUACUACCCGUCACCCACUCAGGAGGAACCCAGAAGAACACAGCCUUUGUACUACGCCGACGACCCGAGCAGGAAGAUGUACGAUCCAUACAGGAUGUACGUGCAGCACCCGCACGGCUACGAUGAUGCCUACAUAGACGAGGUGGUCACGUACGCGCCCGCCGUCGACUACGGUGGCCAGCUGCACACGCUCAAGGCCGCUAACAACUAUGUGGACAUCUACGCCAGCACACGAAGGCCCUCCUACCGGGCCGAGCAGUACCCGGGAUCCCCCGACUCGUGGGUGUGAAACUCAACGAUCAACCAUGAACUUGGCUUUAAAAAAAAGUGUGUAUGUGUGUUUGUGUGUAUUUGUGUGUUUAUAGCGUCUACACGCCCCUGUUCAAGUACCAGAUUUUUGUAACAUAAAAAAAAAAUCGACCAUGCAAAAUUGUGACGAUUGUGACUGAUAACCUGUUGAAGUCAACACAAAAAAAAAUAUGUACACUGUAUUUUAAAGAAUGGGGAUGUAACUACAAAAAAAGCCUACUAAAACAUCUAAAUUUUAUGUGGCGUUAUUCUGAAGCACUUUAAAAGAUGCUAGAUGUGUGCUGACUCAGAUUUAACAUGAGUUAUGAUGUGAUUGCUUAAUUCAGAAUAGCUGCAUCCCCAUUUAUUAGGGUGUGCACACCUAUGCAUGUUUAUUUUUUUAUUUCUGCUUUUGAAAUUAUUUUUAUAAUGAACUGUCCAGGUUAUAGUUAACAUUCUUCUUCUUUUCCUUUCGGCUUGUCCCAUUAGGGGUCACCACAGCGUGUCACCUUAGAUGAACGCAUAUUUGUUUGGCACAGUUUUACACCAGAUGCCCUUCCUUCAUCAUGUGGGAAAAAAUUGAAAAUUCAUUUGUGCAAAAAAAAAAAAAAAGCAUUUGAUCGGGGGUGUGUAGACUUUCAUAUCCAUUGUACGUAUGUAGGGGAGAGAUAGCAGAGGGAAUUAUGGAAUGUGUGCCAGUAGAAGGGAAUUAGCUAAAGUAGUUCAGGGGGGUACACACAUAGCGAUUUUGAACGUCUUAAUGGAGUUUGAAAGACCCCACAGGUGACGACCAAAGAAAUCGGGAAUUGGGGUCUUAGUGCCCUUAUUGUGGGUGGAGUGCUAACUAGACAAGUGCUCUCCAACACCCAGUGGAACAUUUGAUAUAAUAUACUGUAGACUGGGCGGCACUGUUGUGCAGCUGUAAAGCGUUGGCCUCGCAUUUCUGAGGUCCAGGGUUCAAUCCCGGCCCCGCCUUUAUGGGGUUUGCACGUUCUUCCCGUGCCUGCGUGGUUUUUCUCCGGGCCCUCCGAUUUUGUCCCACAUCACAAAAACAUGCAACAUUAAUCGGACACUCAAAAUUACCCCCAGGUGUGAUAGUGAGUAUGACUAUCGUCUGUCUCCAUGUGCCCUGCAGUUGGCUGGCAACCAGUUCAGGGUGUACCGUAGACAGCUGGGAUAGGCUCCAGCACACCCUCGAUCCUUGUGAGGAUAACCGGCUAAGAAAAUAAAUGGAUGGACACAGUAUACGGGACUCUCGUAUUACCCAAAGAUUGCACCAACUCAUGGAAGAGAAAGAAGCUACUCCUAAUUACAACAAAUACAGUUAGCGUGAUGUUGCACCGCACUUUAAAGAACUAUUCUGUCAAAAUAUUGCUUAACAUGAACUGAAAAAAAUGUUGGGGGAGCAUUGCACUACAUGACCAGCACAGCACACCACACACAUUAUUUGUGAUCAUAAAUAUUGAACAGGUCAAAACAUUUUGUAAGCCCAACAGCGUUUUUUAAAAAAAAGGUUUGUUUUAAUUAAUUUUGGGAAAACCAAGAAAAUCAAAUUCACAAACAAAAAGGGUCCAAAUGUUUUAAUUGCACCAUUGCAGAUUACAGUCCUAUUUUUUAUUGCUAAUGUGACAGUACAUUAAAAAUGGCAAAGGCAAUUAAUUAUGCUGUCAGGCUGACUAUUUACAAUUGUUGGCUGUGAUCUCUUUCUGAGCAGAUCAAGUCGGAAAAAUUAAUCGUAACACACCUACCACCAAAGGAUAAUAUUUUCGAGACAUUCGACAAUCAGGCGUUGGCGGACUUUGACUGAAAUCUCAAUUUUAUUUGAUCGUAUGUGUGUGUACCCCAUUUUAGAGACAAAAAAAAAUGAUGUGGGGGGACAAAACUGGACAUGAUUGACAGUCCUGCUUUGUUUUAGAUGUUAGAUUUUUUUAAUUUUUUUUACAACUUGUCAUAGCACAGUGAGGGCAUGAGUCAUGUGAUGCAAGGAUUUGCGGGAAGAAUCAAGAUGGAGGUCGUUUGUAUGUGCCGAAGCCAACAUGGACAGGGGGAAAAAGACUACAAAAGGAUGAAAGGGUUAGCUGUACUUUCUGUCGUAACGAUGUUGUGGUUUCUUGUAAAUACAGUACACGUGGCCUGGUUUACACUCGUCUGCACUGCUAUACAAAUCAUGAACUUGUGCCAUAUUAAAGCUCUAGAGAUAUAUAUAAAUAUGAAGUAUGUGGAGACAAUAGUGGCAUAAAUACAUAAUACACACGUGAUAAUAAAAAGACAGUUUUGUUUUUUACAC